AUGUCCGACGGGCACGGGCACGGGCACGGGGGCGGGCACGGGCACGGGCACGGGGGCGGGGGUUGCCGUUGGGAGCACGAGGAGGCCCCGGAGCAUCGCGGGGCGGCCUACGGCCUCUACCUGCGCAUCGACCUGGACCGCCUGCAGUGUCUGAACGAGAGCCGGCAGCACACCGGGCGCCUCGUCUUCAAGCCCUGGGACCAGCGACACGACAGGCUCAAGUUCGUGGAAAGCGAUGACGACGAAGAGCUCCUCUUCAAUAUCCCGUUUACAGGUCACGUCAAGCUCAAAGGGAUCAUCGUGAUGGGAGAGGACGACGACUCCCACCCCUCCGAGAUGAGGCUGUUCAAGAACAUCCCGCAGAUGUCCUUCGACGACACGGAACGGGAACCCGACCAGACGUUCAGUCUGAACCGGGAUCCCACUGGCGAGCUGGAAUACGCUACCAAGAUUUCUCGUUUCUCCAGCGUCUACCAUCUGUCCAUUCACAUCGCCAAAAACUUUGGAGCCGAAACGACGAAAAUCUUGUACAUCGGCCUGAGGGGCGAAUGGACCGAGGUCCGUCAGCACGGAGUGACCAUCUGCAACUACGAAGCAGCGGCCAACCCGGCCGACCACAAGGUCCAGCAGGUCACCCCCCAGACCCACUUCAUCUCCUAAAGGCAGCCCGGGAAGGCUGCGGAGGCCCCGGCCGCGUGGGAAGGAAAGACGAGACGGAGGGGGCUGCCCGAACCUCCGGACGUCUCGGGCCUCGCGCCUGGAGGCCGUGGGUCUAGACCUCGGACGGGGGUCAACCGGAGGCCACAGUGAGCGUGUGCUUUGUGAAGGGUGUCUUGUUGCUUUGGGGCUGCUCGGUGGUUUUCACGUUGGUGUUUUAGCUGGCGAGGGUUGGGGGUGAGUGUUUUGCCUUUUCAAGAUGGCACUGACCGCCGCCAGUCACCCGGCCUUCAGCUUGGACAGUCCUUCCACCUCAUCCCCUUUUCUGGGCCCACCACAGAGGGGCCGGCGUCCCGGAGAACCGGGACUCCCGGGGGUGACCAGCGGCUCGGAAGGCAAGCGCGAUAUCCCUUCCGACUCUGGGCCCCUUCACCUCCCCGCAGUCCGGGGCGAGAGCGAGGGGGCCCGUCCAGGCGGGAGGGGUCCCCUCGGGUGGAGGCGGCGGAGAGUUGGGGGGACAUCUGAAAGCAAGAGACGCGUGUGGGUGGGAGACGGGCCAGAGAGCAGGGGACUCCCGCAGCUCCCAGCCCUGAAUUUGGAACUCCCCGAGCCCUUCCCUCGCCAGGCUUCCUAUUCACCGCGUCCGAUCGCUUCCUAAUAAAUCCGUGCCGGACUUCCAGACCGGAUUCCGGAAUGACUUUCUCGGGCAGGUGGGAUUCGGUGCGUCCGCGGUCACCCGGCCUCUUACGUCCGCUUCCGAAAGGCUUUCCCC